GCGGAACCAAGGGCACCAUGUGUGCCUCGAGGCUCUACACCUUGGUGCUCGUGCUGCAGCCUCAGCGAGUCCUCCUGGGCAUGAAGAAACGAGGCUUCGGGGCCGGCCGGUGGAACGGCUUCGGAGGCAAAGUUCAAGAAGGAGAGACCAUCGAGGAUGGAGCCAAGAGGGAGCUGCAGGAAGAGAGCGGUCUGACCGUGGACGCGCUGCAGAAGGUGGGCCAGAUCGUGUUUGAGUUCGUGGGCGACCCCGAGCUGAUGGACAUGCACAUCUUCUGCACAGACAGUGUCCACGGGACACCAGUGGAGAGCGAAGAAAUGCGCCCCCAGUGGUUCCAACUGGACCAGAUCCCCUUCGCUGACAUGUGGCCCGAUGACAGCUACUGGUUUCCCCUCCUGCUUCAGAAGAAGAAGUUCCACGGCUACUUCAAGUUCCAGAGUCACGACACCAUCCUGGACUACAAGCUUCGCGAGGUGGACACAGUCUAGGACAGAGCUGAGCUUGUCCCUCGGGCCAUAAGCGUCCCUGCCCAGCCACGCUGUGGCUCCAGGCUCAGCACGCCGGCCGGGCCUCCAGCCUGUCUGGCGCAUGAUUGGAUGGAAAGGAAAAUAAACCUCUUUUACUUUUUCAACAUUC